AUGAAACGGGACUUCAACCUGUUCUCCAAGUUCCCUGAAUUCGUGGUGCUGAAAGAGUCGCUUUUAUCAUCACGUGCAAAAGUUGAUCUCAAGGACCGGUUGCCGCUGGAGCUGUUGAACAAAGCCCAUCGGGACACGCUGAGGGUGCCGGAGCUGUGGCGGGACAUCGAGCUCGGUGACAUGAUCCUGGCCCUCGACUGCUCGCUGCACGUGAACCUGUUAGUGACCGGAGUCCAUCCCUGGAGGCCGGAAUGCCUGAGCCGCUUCAACUCUUAUGCGCAAGGCCAAGACGCAGCCCCUGAAUACGAAGCGAUUGAAUCCAAGCUGGAGCGUGUGGCUGCUUCCACGGCGCCUGAGUUUGAGGGUUCAAAAGCUGCCUACCAAAUGUUCGUCGACAAAAUCUUUUCGCUAGUCGAGCUCAGAGAAAAGGUGGAAGCGAUCUCAGGCAGGUCUGCGUCGGGCAUGAGAGGUGCAACGGCCAAAGUCGUCAGUGAGACUGUAGUCUUCGAGCUUCUAGAAGAAGCCAAGCCCCCACUCCUCGAAGAGCUGCGGCAAUAUCUCCAAGAGUCGCCCGACAAGCUCCGCUUGGUCUUCCGGAACUGCCUGCUGAAGGGGGAUCGAUUCCGCUUCCUCUGCGGUUUGAUCGGGGAUUGCGGUAUCGGCUGCGUGGUCUUCGAACAGCACUUUCCGUUCGAGAAGCCGGACAUGGCGCGGGCCAUUUUGGGUUGCGCAGAGCUGCAGAGGAGCACGGGCCUUCACACUCUAGAGCUCGACUUUCCGCUGUCUGUGACGGACCUCGAGUCCGUUGCGCUGUUCUUAGACCGGAACGAACAUGUCUCGGAGGUCGCAAUCCACUUGCGGCCAGCCUUUUACUCCAAAAGCGCGGGCGGAUUUCAGCAGGUUCUCUCCAAACUCAAAGAGCUGUGCGCUUCGGAGCGGGGCGCCCGGGUGAGGCUCGUGCGCAUGCGGUACCGCGGAGGGGCUCCGCUGCAAACGGAAGGGGCAGAGGGCGGAACGGAAAGAGACGAAGCUUUUGACGACGCCUUCCUGGCCCUUGUGGAAGAGGAAGUUCAGUCCGCGUAUCGGUUCCAAAGAGCUCUCCAGGAGUUGGAUAGGGCAGUUGCUUUUUUCCAGCUCGCGGACCUCAUCCUCUGCCUGGCCGUGCUGCUCGACUACCUGUUUGUCUGGGGAGUGUUCGCCUUCAUGUCCACCGACGCCAAGUGGAUGACUAUCCAGCUGUUUUGGGCAGGGAUCUUCGUGUGGCCCCCGCUUGAGGCCACGCUGCAAGGCAGGCCGGAUCCAAUGGGUAUCUUUGCUGGCCUGUUCGUCUGCGGCUUUGUGAAAACGUGGGCAGUCCUAGCACUGGGUGCCUUCUUCGCGUACCUUGGCGCGUGUCUCGUGUGGACGGUCGUGAGGCAGGUGGGCAAGGCCGCUGCGGCGGGGUGCCGUCUGGUAGCGGCCAGAUUAAGGGGGCCCAGGGACGAACCGCUUCUAGCCUGA